AGGCAUGGGUUUGGGAAUCAAAGCAAUAUUUGUGUUUCGGCUUACUUCCGCAUUACAAUAUAUUCAAUCAUUUCAAAUGUAUAUCACUAAAAUACCCAUGUUAUAACUAAAUAGCACCGUACAAAUAGUAAAUUGUAACCUCCACAGAGUGCAUUAGUACCAAAUUUAUAUUACAGUUAACAAUUUAGAAUAGCGACAAGCCAAUUAGUUAGUAGCUAAUAUGGACAUUGGCAAUGAGAUGCACCAACAGUUCAUCAAGGACUUCAUCCAAUCGCUGCAGGUGGGUAGCGAGGAAGGCAGCUGCUGCAUGAAGAGCAACAGUCGAAGUUUGAGCGAAUCAUCGCUCAAUCCCAAUGCUGCUGAGUUUGUGCCAUCCUAUAUGAAAAGCAGCGAUGCUGAGGACGACGAGGAGGCGGAACCACAGUAUCACCGACAGGAGCCGAAGGCAUCUGCCAGCUCGACAACAACACUUGUGAACAAUAUUCUGGACGGCGAUAGCUUGCACAUGAACAAAGACGAGACGCUGGGUCGCAUUCAACGUCAGCUUUUCAACUUGAUGAACCAACUGGGAAACCAAAAUAUGCCAGUAUUACAGAUCCAAUUCAGCCUCACCACGAAUGGCCAGGGCAUCUGUGUUCAAUUCUUGGCGCCAGAGGGCAACAAGCGGCAGUACCUCGAUAAACAUCUAUGUCAAACUGCCUGUCUUCGUCUCGAAGUUAACGAGAAUGGUUCACAGUCGAAUCGACCUGGGUUCACCUUAGCCAGACAAUUUCUGAUUCGUAUGGGCGAUGCUCUUAACGACAAGACCCAAGAAAACUCAUUGUCUGUAUGCCCCAAGUGCACGGCUUUAACGAAAAAGCACAGCUUCACCGAGAUGGAAAUAGAUCGACAGAUUGAGGAUAUUAAGGCAUUUGAGACACUUAUAAAUGAGGAUGCCGGCGCACGCUAUCAGGAGGCAUUUAAGCAACUUUGUCAGAAACUCGGGUUAAACAAAAACGACGAUCAGCCAACAGAAAUUGGGCCAGCGGCAGUCGUAGUUCCACAGGCAGUCAACCAGACCAAGAAUGAUGUGUCCGAAAAUAUUGAAUUGCCAUUCCAUGAGGACGAUCUAUCAAGCUACGAAUGGGAUCCGUUCAUGCCAGAGUUUACGACAAUGAAGGUCUACAGAUACCCGACUCCUAAUACCCCAGAAUUGCGAGUUACAGAGAAGAAGGUUCCUAAAGAGGAGCUGGCGGUAAAAGCUGACUAUGAACUGAAGACGCCAAUGCUGCCACGGCGCGCGUGUUCUACUCCGGGCAAUGCGUCUUCAGCCUAUCCCAAACUGUACAAGGUUAACAACCAUGUCAAAUGGAGCAGUUCGCCAGGAGUUCGCAAGGUCAUUACCCACAAGGACAAGGAGAGCAAGAUACAGCGAUGGCGCUACAGUUCACCAGUAGUAGUGGCUACGCCAAGUGGUACGUCAGCAUCAGCAGCAAUAACAACUGCACCUGCAGCAACAACUGUAACAGUAACAUCAGCAUCAGCAUCAGCAGCAGCGGGAGGAACCACAACAACAACAGCUGCUGCUCCAGCAUCAACAUCUGCUGCACCAGCAUCAAAAUCUGCUGCUCCAGCAUCAACAUCUGCUGCAACAGGAUUAGCGGCCAAGAAGACGUCAGAGCAAGCCCAUCAAAAUGGCAAUCGCAUCAAACGGGCCUACCAAUUCACCGUGCAUCCCAAAUCUGGCUCUGUCAGCAACGCAUCAUCCGAGGUGGCGAGCAAGACAACUGCAAAGAUCGAGUCACGCUCCCAGCUCGCCACGGCCAAGCAACAAGGAGCCCAUGCCCAUAUCAAUAGCAGUCAUAAACUCAACAAGGCAGAUACCUUGAACCGCACAAGCGGCGUAGGACAAGCGCAGGGCACUAAACAUAGCACAACAGCAGCAGCUCAACGAAUUGUGGUACCACGUAGCACCCAUGCCUCCCAGAUGCGGCAGUCGGAGGUGAAGCGCCGCCUAAACCUAAUGCGGGGUGACAACGACACUGAUGUCCAGUUCAAUGAGUACCUGUUCAAAUGAGCUAGUUCCAAUUGUUUUGGUUGUGUUGUUCAUAUCAGCGUCUGUCCAUUGCACAGCAGUCUAAUCCUAAUUCUAAUUCCAAUGAGUUGUCAGCAGAAGCAGCUUGAUCUUUAUCGUAUAGUUAGUUUGUUAGCCCUGUCGAAACAACUCUAUCUAUAUCCAUAAAUAUCUAUAUAUUUUAUACCUAGCUGAGCGUAAGCUGCAAAUUAUACGAGAUUGUUAAGCAUUUAAUAUAGGGUCAGUGA